AUGCAUGUCCCAUCAACAAUCCAACUCGAUUCUACAAAUCUUCCUGAGAACAACUCCGAUACACAAGAAACACUGAACCCCGCCAGACUUCGCCGACGAGCCUCACAGGGGUCCCUGCGAACAAGGCCAUCCCCGGUGUCUCGCUUUCUAUCCAAGAGCAGCGUUGCCGUACACUUUCCUUCUUGGGAUCAACGCGCUUCGCCCUCACCAUACCGACUGGACUCACGCACCCGGUCUGCCGACUCUCGUCUUCGUCUUUCUACUACCGUGUCUCGCGGGCCGAGACCUCUAUCUGCUUCUCCUGCUUGGAGCUCUCCUCAUUCAUCCGAUUACCCCGCUACUUUACCCCCGACACCGCCAGAGGAAGACUUCCCCGUUGCGUGGAACCCCAAGUCCGAGAUGUUGUUAUUCGAUGCCCACUCCCACCCGGGGCCGAUGGCCAUGAUGGACCACACCCCGAGUGUCGACAACUCUUCCGCGGCUGGAACUUCUGAUACAUUCAGCAAUCCGUCAGAUGGGUUAUCUCAUAGGUCGUCGAGCUCAGGUGGCAGCCCUGGGCCCCGCGAUGAAAUGGACUGUCAGCAGGAUAUGGGCUCAUGGCUGGAACAGGGCAUCAACUUGACUGUAUCAUCACUUGCUCUGUGCAAACCACGAGGCGAGGCUGUUAAAAUCGUCUCCCAAUCUCUUCCAUAUCCCAGGACAUCCGAUCAGGCUGUAUCAGUACCGAAGACCGACAGUAUCUUCAGCUCUAUCGUCCAGGCCGUUCACAACCACUUGCAGCCCGGGCAAUCACCAUACAUCAAUGUCACCCACGCAGUACCGGAGCAAUUCAGUCUCUCGAAUUUGCCCCAUUCUCCCCCUAGCACCCCUCGAUCUCCCACCGCUGCCGAGGCGUACUUCAAUGCAACGGUCUUCUCCAGUGCAGCGGUUGUGAGUGCUUACCAUGAUUACCGAGGACCCCUUCAACGGCAAAUGUCCCACGCCCCGAUCCCCAUUGUCCCCCCUCACAGCGUUCACAUCUCGGUUCUCGAGCGGUACCUCCCCCCACCCUCCGCACAAGAGUACCGUGAUCUGUUCUGCCGCACCCGUCCAUCCUUCCUCGUCGACCGCUUGAGUGAACUCUCACCGAACGGCGGCUCUCUCCUCUUCGUGUACCCCACCAAGAAUGGUGCAUCAACCUUCAAGUCCCAGUAUCUGGGCCCGAUCCUCGACCCUCUUCUGCGCCAACUCGUCGUGGUGAACGAGCUGUCCGCGGAUGUCGGCCGCUACCUCGGCAAACUCUCCGCCGUCUCCCAAAUGGAUGAUUUCGCCACCAUGAAGGCCAACAUUGCGGCACUGUGCGAAUCCAUGAGCGACAACGACUCCUCCCAAUUCGAAAUCGCCGACGCAGGCCGCGGCAGCACCCAUCUCGACCGCAGUCUCUGGGCCGAGUGGUUCAUCCAACAAGAGCGACCGCGCAUGAAGGAGAUUCUCAGUCUAUACUGGCAGAACGGCCGCCGGACGACCAAGAACCUGGGCUCUGGCAUGAUGGGCAACAAGGAAGUUACAUCUUCCGGCCUGCUGAGUGAGAUCUGCGACGGCAUCCGCAAACGACGCUAUGGCGACGAUAACGAGCCCCGUGAUGGCAUCGAGCUUGGAGUCUUUGUGAUUCGUCGAACGAAAUAG